UGUAGUGCGUGUCUCUGGCCGCGCACGCUGCGCUCUCCUGGCGUUUUUCCUGGUUUGGACGGACACCCGCAGAGGAAAGGUGAUGUCUCUCGAGGAAAGGCGAAAACCUCUGGGAUAUGAGGGAGGCAUGAAUGACAAAACCGGGCCUGUUGCUUCCCUUGCUGAGGGACCAGGAAUAGUCGAGAAGCUGCAUAUUGGAAUGGAUUUGGAGUCAUCAUAAUGGAAACAAAAAACAUGAAGGAAAAACAGUUAUUUUUAUACCAGCGUAUUAUUGCACAUGACUGCUAGUCGCAAAAGGUUUUCUUUACCUAAGAAAAUUAUGAUGUAAAUGAAAAGAUACUUUUCCCCUCUAAACUCAUUGUUUCCAAUAUGCUUCGCCUACGAGCUAUUUGUCCAUUCUCUUGGAGGGUGUUUAAUUUUCGACUCUUGAGUUCUGAAUCAUUAAUUAGCCAGAUGAGUAAGUGUACAGAUGAAGAGCAAAUAUUUGAUCUUAUUGAAAAAAACAAAGCCAUACUUUCUGAAAAGCAAGUGGGAUGUGCCUUCAGUAUACUUUGGCAGUUUCAAAAGCAGACGGUCAGCUUGUCAAAAAAUGUAAAAGGUAUCAGAGACCAUCCCCAGUUUCUUACUCUUCAUAAUUUAACUACAGCUAAAAUGGAAUUCAUGAAUGAUGAUACCCUGGUGAAUGUGUUGUACAUCACACAACAGUUUGGUGUUGAGGUCCAUGACCCACUAGUUGAAGCACUAGUUACAGAAGCAUGGCGAAGACUGGAAAGGUUUGAUAUUAAUGUGCUAUCAAAAUUUUCCUCUUGCCUGGCAAAUCAACAUUUAUAUUUUAGUCCAUUAAUGGGAGAAAUAGCUGAUAUUGUGAAUAGGAACUUGGAAACCAUACAGGACUUAAGGUCCUUGUCUGUUUUGAUGGUCAGCAUAUCUUCUUUAAUAUCACAGCAUUUUCAAGAACAAUUAGUGAAUAAAACAGAACUUCUUUUUGACACCAUAGAUUCUUCCCAGGUCAACAUCGCAAGAAGAAUAGUACAGUUUCUUCGAAAUAUUAAAUAUACUUAUUACCCAUUAUUAGAAAGGUGCAAUAAAGUAUUUUUAAGCAAUGUGAACCACCUUGAUUUGGACUCCAUCAGUAAAAUACUUAGCCUAUACCACUCUCUACAAUUUCAUAGUUUCGAAUUUAUUUUGAUGGCUAAAAAGAGACUAACAGAAAUGAUUCCUCUGUUUAAUCACCCUGCUAGCUUUGCAAAGUUGUUUGUAGCAUUGGGACCCAUGGCAGGACCUGAAGAAAAGAAACAACUUAAAUCCAUGAUAUUAUUGAUGUCAGAGGAGCUGACUAGUCAGCAAGUCCUGGCAGUGAUGGGAGCAAUGGAGGAGAUGGAAAGUAGAAAUUCCUGUCUGAUUAAAAAAAUUGCAUCAAUUCUGCAUAAACAUUUGGACAACUAUAAACCAAUAGAGUUAUUGAAGAUAACUCAAGCAUUGAUUUUUCUACGUUUUCAAAGUAAGGAGCUUUUUGCAAAACUCAGAGAAGUAUUGCUUAGUUAUUUGAAAGUCAGUGUCAUGCCUACUGAGAUUUCCAUCCUGGUCUGUGCUCUUUCCAUGCUUCCUUCUCCUCACCUAGAUGAAGCAAGGAUAUCUCAGAUUGAAGCAGUCUUACCACAGUGUGACUUAAAUGAACUGAAUGGUUUUGCCACAUAUGUUUUAAGAUGUGUUCAGUAUGAUCACAUGUAUCUGGAUAAUACUACUGGGAAACAGUUGAAACUACUUCAAAAAUUAGAUCACUAUGGUCAUCAGAGACUACAAAAAUGCAACAGUUUGAAUCUGUUAUGGGAAGAACUUAAAUCUUUAAAAGGAGACUGGUUUCCUGAUACACUUCUUGAAGAAACAGUUGCUACGUUACAGCGUUUGAUGGAUGAGAUUAAUUACAUAAAUGUUGCAGGAAUUGCAUCUUUUAUUUCUAGAACUAACUACCUCAGUACUUCACUACUUGAUAGGAUAGCCUCAGUGGUCGUUCAGCAAAUUGAGAAGAUCCAUCCUUUUGCAAUCCUUGCUGUAAUUCUUCCAUUCAGCAUCUUGAACUAUGAUCCACCUCAAAAGGAUGAAUUUUUUGGCACUUGCAUUCAACACCUUAAUUCUUACUUAAGUAUAUUGGAUCCUCUCAUGUUAGUGUUUCUUGGUUUCUCUCUGGCCACACUUGAAUAUUUUCCAGAAGAUCUACAAAAGGCAAUUUUUAACAUCAAAUUCUUAGCCAAAUUAGAUUCUCAACUUGAAUUGUUACGUUCAUCUUUAAAUUUGAGAAUCCAGUUUCGUCUUAUGGAAUUAAAUAGAGCAGUCUGCUUGGAAUGUCCUGAAUAUCAGAUUCCAUGGUUUCAUGACCGAUUCUGUCAACAACAGUAUAAUAAAGAUACUACAAGCAUGAAUGGAGCACAGCAGCAGAUUUAUCAAAUGUUAGCAGAGAUACUAGGAGGAAUCAAUUUUGUGAAAGCCUCGGUUCUUACACCUUAUUACUACACGAUUGAUUUUGAGUGUAUCUUGGAUAAAAGAAAAAAACCUCUUCCAUAUGGAAGCCAUAAUAUAACUUUGGAAAAACUUCCAAAAAUGUACUCAGAAUCAAAUACUCAAAUAACUGGAUCAAGACUGCCACCAGGAGCUGAAAAGAUUGCUUUGGAAUUUUUGGAUUCGAGAGCAUUUUGUAGAAACAUCCCUCAUUUAAAAGGAAAAUCUGCUAUGAAAAAACGACAUUUGGAAAUUUUGGGGUAUCGUGUAAUUCAGAUCCCUCAUUUUGAAUGGAAUUCUAUGGCACGGUCAACAAAGGAUGCUCGGAUGGACUACCUGAGAGAACAGAUAUUUGGAGAAGGCAAAUCAUGAUCGUAGUUUUUAUUUAGAAUUAGUUAUCAUGGUGUGUCAUAUCUGGACUUAUUUUAAUUAAGUGGCUUGACUCAAACACUAAUAGUGUAGAAUUGACUGAUUUCAGGGUCAAUUGAAUAGCUUAUAAACAACAUUUUACAAUGGAAUACUUUCCCUACUAUCUGGUUGGGAAAUUGUUUUAAAAUUCUUAAUAUAAAACACAUGUAGCUUUUAAGAAACUUAACUUGUUUACAGUUCAUUCUUUGAGUGCAUACUGUGUGCCAGGAACUGUUUUAGAUGAGGGAUGCUGCAGUGAGUACAAUGUAUCUUUCAUGGGUUGAGUCAAACAAAAUAAAUGAAUAAAAUUCA